AUGAAGUUGGAAAAAACUCUAUCGAAUGAUUCAUUCAUUCCAGGUACUAUCAAUAUCUAUUCAACCGAAGCAAAGGAUUCGUAUUCGGAUAACGAAAAUGAUCCAAAUUCAAAUCAGAUUACUGCUUCUGGGUUGAAAACUCACGACAAUAUUAUUCUUGUUCCUCAGCCAACGGAUUCUCCAAACGAUCCACUAAAUUGGUCUUUUGGUAAAAAAAUUUGGAAUUUAAUCAUCUUGUUGGUGAUUACUGGAUUCACUGCUGGGGUUUCAAACGAUGCUGGUUCCACGGAGGAUUCUCUUAAUGAAUUAUAUGGUAUCAGUUAUGCUUCAAUGAAUACUGGUGCUGGAGUGCUUUUCAUUGCCAUUGGGACAGGUACCUUUUUAAUGGCUCCAUUCGCAAAUCUAUACGGUCAUAAAAUAAGUUAUAUAAUCUGUAUUUUUGUUGGCUUGAUGGGAUCACUUUAUUUUGCUUUACAGAAGAAUACCGCCGAUGCAAUCAUCAAUCAAUUUUUUGUCGGUUGGAGUGAAGCUUGUGCUGAAGCUCAUGUUCAACAAAGUAUAAGUGCUCUAUUUUUCCAACAUCAAUUAGGUUCUACUUUAACCCUUUAUAUGUUGGCCACCUCGGUGGGGACUUAUUUAGGUCCCUUGAUUGCUGGGUUUAUUGUAGAAUCCAUGGGGUUCAGAUGGGUGGGUUGGCUUGGGGUCUUCAUCGCUACUGGGCUCCUCAUUACAAUCAUCUUUGGUUUACAUGAAACUAGAUUCGAUAGACAUAAAUUCUCGGGGGUUAUCAAUUCAGUAAGAAGCCAUGAUCAUCUUGAUGAUGCUGAUGAAAAAAAAUUCAUUAAAAAAUUACUUGGUAAUAAAAAUGAAAAAAUUGAUCAGGUUAUUAACGUGCAACACUCUUCUUUAAAUUCAGAUACUGGUUAUAAUGAACUGAAAAAAUCUUAUUUACAACAAAUUAAACCAAUCACCAAAAAUCCAAACCUUAAAGGAACUGGUUUCAAGCAAUACUUAACCCAAUUAAAAUUAAUGACUAAAGUUUUCCUUUUCAUCCCAGUAAUUUAUGGUGGGUUACUUUGGGGUAUGCAAGACUCCCUUCUUACCUUUUAUUUAACGGUGGAAGAUGAUCAAUAUUAUAAUGCUCCUUUCAAUUAUAGCACUAAUAGAGUGGCAAUGAUGAACAUGCCUUGCGUCAUUGGUGCUAUCAUUGGUUGUAUGUAUGCUGGGCCUUUAAGUGAUUGGUUUACAGUUUGGAUGGCAAAAAGAAAUAAUGGGGUUAUGGAAGCAGAGUUUAGACUAUACUUUUUAUUCGUUCCAGGUAUUUUGGCUCCGCUUGGCUUCAUUCUUUUCGCAGUUUCAACCGAUAAAUUAUGGAAUUGGAGAGUUACUUAUUUUGCUCUUGGUUUGAUUGGUUAUGGUUUUGCUUGCCUGGGGGAUGUAGGACUUGCCUAUCUAAUGGAUGCUUACCCUGAAAUGAUUAUUGAAAUGAUGUGUGGGGUUUCAAUCAUUAAUAAUUACAUGAGUUGUGUUUUUACCUUCACUUGUAGUUUAUGGUUAGAUAAAAUGUCUAAUACAAAUAUUUUUAUCAUUUUAGGUAUACUUGAGUUUCUUCUUAUGAUGUGUGCUUUACCUUUGAUUAUUCAUGGUAAGAGAAUCAGGAAAUAUACCAAGACUUGGUACGUUGAUUAUAUAAAUGUUCGAGAUGGGUUUUAA